AUGGUAGAAAGCCAGCGUGUGUUGGAUGCAAUUGAAGAGAUCGGGGAAGUUGCCAAAAAACUGAUGGAUCCUGAGAUGCAAAAGGUCUAUUUCAUGAUUUUGGAUAAAAUAAAGACCAAAAUCAGAGCAUCCCCUCUGGAUCAAGUUCAGCUGUCUCAUGCACAUGAUCUUCUGGACACUAUCACCCGGAACCUUAGAGGUGGAAAAAUUAGAACGGAUCACAUCCGAUAUUUUCUGUAUUUCGCGCAAUCUGACAAACUGGAUAGACUGCUUGCUACAUGGGACCAACAGCUCCUGAAGAGAACGUAAUGUCAGACACUUUGUAAACUCUUGAAGAGUGGUGUGUGGGUUUUUUGUUUUUUGUUUUUUUAUUCCCCCUCCCUACAUCCUAAAUGAUUUUAAUCAUGAGACAAAUGAAAGGACUUCUUUAAACUCUUAAAUGUGAGUUAAUUGUUUCCUGAAUAUACAUCCAAUGUUCUACUUAUACAUUUGAAUAGAUUCUGAG